GAGUGAGAGAGGUGCACGCGGCCAGACCGAGAGCAGAGCACCGACUGGGAUGAGUUCAUGCGCUGGGCUGAGCUGCUGAUACAGCCGGAGAAGAGAGGGAGCGAGAGGGAGGGAGAGAGAGAGAGAGAGAGAGAGAGAGAGGGAGAGAGACUGAGACUGGGAGUGUGUGUGUGUGUGUGAGUGAGUGAGUGAGUGUGUGUGUGUGUGAACGAGAGCAGGAGCGUGCGCGCGGGUUGAGAGCGUGAGAGAGACGGAGAAGUGAAAGGCACGGGAAGAAAGAAGCAAGGAAGAAAGGAGGAAAAGGGAGGAUACUACAACUCCAACUAUGCUGUGCUGCAUAAGAAGAACCAAACCGGUGGAGAAGAACGAGGAUGCAGACCAGAAGAUUGAGCAGGAUGGCACCGCCAACAAACCCGAGGACAAGGCCCACAAGGCUGCCACCAAAAUACAGGCUAGCUUCCGUGGACACAUAACUCGGAAAAAGAUGAAAGAUGGAGAGGAAGAGAAGGAAGGAGACAGCCCUGCUGCUGCAGAGGAGGCGACGGAGGGAGGAGAGGAGACAAAGAAAGGAGAAGGAGAGGAGGCACCUGCUAAGCAGGAGGAACCUGCGGGAGAGGAGGCUAAGAAGGAGGAGGAGGAGACAAACCAGGCCAAAAGCCCCACGGCGGAGAAGCCGGCCAACUCUCCGGCAGCUGCCGCUGCCUCUCCUCCGGGUGCAGCCACGUCUCCCGUAGCGGCGGCCCCGGCUGCCGCCUCUCCUGCGGCCGAGCCUCAGAAAGAGGAGCCCAAGGCCGAGGAGAAAGGUGAGGAGAAGCCCAAAGAGGUGGAGGCUCCAGCGGCGGGAGCCAAGACUCCCACCACAACCACGGCCGAGGAAAAGGAGGAGGAGAAGAAGGAGGAGGAGAAGAAGGAGGAGGCCAGACAAGCCGAUGUGCCUGCUGCUGCCAGCCCAGCAGCCGAGGAAGAGCCUAACCAAACAAAAGAUGCUGCAGAGGAGAAGAAAGUAGAGGAGGCUGCCCCGGCGGAUGCGGCGGCGGAGGCCACCGAGUCCAAGGACGACUAAUGCUGAGUCCAACCUCACGAAAGCAGAAUUAAGAGUAUGAAGAAAUACACAAAAACAAAAAUCUAAAAAGGUUGCUCCUUGCCUUCCCAAUGUGAAGGCGAUCCGUUUCUAUUUGUUUGUCAUCUUUUUGUGUGGCAAUGAUUUUCUCAUGUUGGGGGGAGUUUCCAGCGUAACGUUUUUUGGCUCAAGCUAAUACUAUGAGAAAGUGAUGAUGUUGAUGUUGAUCCUUAUGAAAAAUGAUUGUUACCUUGACGAUGGCGGUGAUGGCGGUGCUGAUGCAGAGAUGAAUGCCUUCAUUUACUACAUCUUCACAUCUUGACGUGUGUAAGGACCGCUCCCAACUGGAUAGCCGCACAUUUAAAAGGCAUUGCCAAUGCACCAUAGUUCGUUUUUGCAUUGCAGUGCCUUUUCCCGUGACUCAUCUCACAAAUAAAUACCGUUCUGCAAAUGCACGCACAAAAACAGGCAGGUUUUAAAAUGCAAGUCUAGUUUUCAACACAGAAAAUGUGUACUGAGAACACAGCCAACAUGUAAUGCACUGACACAUCGGAUGGAUAAUAGAAUGUAUACUUAAAUGUGGGGGGUUUCCAGUUGGGCAGUUUUAUCCUCAAUCCAAAAAACAACAUAUAGGGCAAGAUUAUUACUCUCUAUGUUCUGCUUGAGUCUUUCAAGCUUGGUUUACACCCCUUUUACAAAGUCUGUGUACUCACAUUUACAGUAAAGGACCUGUUGCCAUUUAAAUCAUAUACUAAACUAUAGAAAACAACUAUAGUAUUGAUGUAACUGGCUCUUACAUAUAAUGAUUUGUGUUCUGCCAACCAAACGUGAGACCAGUAGCAUGAACCAUCGAACCAGAUGCAUGAUGGGAACUCUCCCUCUGAGAGGAACUUCUUCGCAGUCACAAAAACUUAAGAGGUGUGGCGGCUUCUUUUUGAUGUCUUUGGUGUUGUUAUGACAGUUUCUAUGAAUUCGAAAACUACUCUUGCACUGAUGUUACAAAAAAAUAAUAAAAAAAAGAAAAAAAGCAAACAAACAAGCAAAGAAAAAAUUCUUUUCCUAUGUUUCCAGUGAGUGCAAUGUCCAGUUUAAAACCCUAUCAAGGAGUUCACACUUGUGAGAAAAAAAAUAUGAAAACAUAAAAAUGGUUUCAAUGUCUGUUUUCAAAUAAAGCAAAUGUGCCAAUUACCAUCAUAAA